ACUUUCAGAUUCGGAAUCGGAGCAGAAAUCAACGGAGGAAAGCUACUACUUUGUGUGCACCGCCGAUGGAGAGUACAAGAUUCAGGAGAAGCCUGUAGACCCAUCGCCAUCACCGAAGGACACAAGACCGAAACUACUCGCCGGCGCGAAAACUCCACCGACCAGGAUGCGUCGCAUAAAGGGGGGAUUCACAUUCCCAAUAGCCGAGGGAGACGAAGUGGAACGACUCGAGCGUACCGUGUUGGAGAACCCCGAAGUUCGACAGGAAUAUAUAAAACUUCUAAAGCGCAAGCCGGACAAUGUGAAGAUCGUUAGCUAUUUGCCACACGUCUUCUCGGAUGAAGCAUUGGAAGGAUACAACUACAACGGAGCGAGCGCCCUUGGACGAAGCAAACUUGCUAUGAAGGCAUACGAAAUAUUCUCCAACUGUUUCCUAGAAGCGUACGAAUCGGAAGGAAUGAAACUACACGACCUGGCCAGCCAGAUAUCUUCGGCGAUCAAGCAAAGCCGCAACCGAAUGCGGCAGCGCACCUUCAGAGCGAAGAAAUCCAUCAAGAAGAUGCUGAACGCUAAAUCCGAAAACUAAACAACAGUGAACACCGUUAUUCUUACUUUGACAUUCUU